CAAAAUUCAUCGAGCGCCAAAAAAAAAGAGCGCGAGAGAACAUCGAGACACAGCCACAACGUCCUUCUGUUGCUACUUCAUCCGAGGGGAAACGUCAUUUUGUCCUCUCAGCUGAAAGAAAGCAGGACGCCAUGGACGACUUCGAGACGGAUUCUGUAAGCGAGGACCCGUUGUAUGACGAUCCCACGGCUAGCACGGCUGAUUACGACUACUCUGACCUGAUGUGCGACCUGUCGCCGGUGCGGGCCUUCCGGCAGGCGUACGAGCCACCGCUCUUCUGGAUGAUCGCGGUGGUGGGCUUCCUCGGGAACAUGGCGGUGGUCUGGAUAUACCUCAAUUACCGUCGAAGACUCAAGACCAUGACUGACGUUUUCCUGCUCAACCUGGCCGUGGCCGACCUUUUGUUCCUGGUCACGUUGCCCCUGUGGGCGGCCGAGGCCUCUAGCAGCUGGACCUUUGGCGCCGCCGUCUGCAAGAUGACCUCCGCUGUCUACAAGGUGAACCUUUUCAGCUCCACGCUUUUACUGACUUGCAUCAGCGUGGAUCGCUACGUGGUCAUCGUCCAAACCACCAAGGCCCGCAACCUCCAGGCCCAGCGGCGGCGCUGCGCCCGCCUGGCCUGCGCGGUCGUCUGGUUGACGGCCCUGCUGCUGGCCACGCCCGAGCUGGCCUUCGCCACCGUGGCGCCGGCCCAGACGGCCGAGGGUCCGGUCGAUUUCUGCCGGAUGCUGAUCCCGGCGCGCGUGGGUCGGUCCACCAAGACGGCCACGCUUUCCCUGCAAGUGCUCAUGGGAUUUUGCCUGCCCUUCACCGUCAUGGCAAUCUGCUACGGCGCGGUGGUGGCCACCCUGCUCAAGACCCGCAGCUUCCAAAAGCACAAGGCCAUGCGCGUGGUGCUGGCCGUGGUGGCCGUCUUCCUGCUCACGCAGCUGCCCCACAACGCCGUGCUGGUGACUGAGGCGGCGCAGGCGGCUGACGCCACCAUCACCGACUGCCAGCAGCUCAAAGCUUUCCUGACGGCGGGGCAGGUGCUGAAGGGCGUGGCCUACCUUCACGCCUGUCUCAACCCUUUUCUCUAUGCCUUUGUGGGUGUGCGCUUCCGCCGGGACCUCCUCCAGCUGGUGCGCUUCCGCUCCCGCCGACGCACGUCGACAAUCUCUGGGAAAAGUACACCGGGAUCGGCCCGGGUGUCUGACAGCGACACCUCGCAGGCACUGUCACUGUAGGCGGGACUUCCCGCCGGUGGGAAGGGUUUGUUUGCGGCCUGCGAGACAGGGACGUCACCUAUGACCUCAACCGCGCCCGCGUCAACGAGGCAUCUAGUGGAAGCUAACAGAAGCUAGCGAAAGCUAGCAGAAGCUUCUGAGUUUGAAUUUCCAAAACUGAAUUUUUGUGUCAGCACAGUAAUUCUAACCCCAAUAAAUCUCAACCGCGCCCCGGUCAACGAGGUCUCUCGCAGAAGCUAGCAGAGGCUAACGGAAGCUUCAGAGUUUGAAUUUGAAGUUUUUUCAACAUUGAAAUUCUAACACCAAUUUUUUUUUUCAGCAUCAAAAUUCAUAAUCAAAAUAUUUAGGCGCAAAAUAUUCAGACAGAAAAAAUCCGUCCCCCCAAAAAUUUGGUGACAAAAUUCAGUCCAAAAAAAGUGAGCUGCAAAAAAAAAUCAUCAGGAAGGAGUAAUUUUUUUUUUUUUUGACAAAAUAUUUUUGGGCAAAAUUUGUUGCGACUGAAUUUUCUGCGAGAGAAUUUUGCUGUAUCUGAUUUUUUCCCGACUGAUUUUUUUCCGACUGAAUUUUUGCUAAUUUAACGUAAUUUUCUCACUAUAAAGCGCACCUGACUACAACCCCUAGCAAAAAGUAUGGAACGAGCACUCACUCAGACAUUUUAUCAUGUAGAACAAACUCAGAUAAAAAGCUUGAAAAAAUAAUGAAUUAGUUCAAAAGUGCAACUCUUUAGCAUUCAGAAACACUGAAAGAAAUGAAUAAAAACAUUGUGGUGUUCAGUAAAUGUUAAUUUUAUAGCGCAAAUGCAUGGA